AUAUAAACACAAGCUCUCUGUGGUGCACCAGUGUGCUAUCUUAUUCUUGUGCCUCAAGAAAUAGGCUAGUUCCAAGCUGAAACAAGAUGGCUUGUUGUCAAGAAAAACUGUUUCACAGACUGAAGCCAUUCAUAGGUGUAGUUUUCUUGCAGUUUGGAUAUUCUGGUAUGGAUGUGCUAUCCAAGGCUGCACUCAACAGGGGAAUGAGUAACUAUGUAUUUGUUGUGUACCGUCAUGCUUUUGCCUUUGUUGUCAUGGCCCCUUUUGCAGUGUUCUUAGAGAAGAAAGUGAGACCGAAGAUGACGCUUUCAAUCUUCAUGAAGAUAGUGAUUCUCAGCCUGCUAGAGCCAGUUAUUGACCAAAAUUUAUACUUUUUGGGAAUGAAGUACACCACAGCAACCUUUGCUGUUUCCAUGUACAAUGUUCUCCCUGCCAUUACCUUUGUCAUGGCUUGGAUUCUCAGGCUUGAGAAGAUAAAAUUAAAAAGCACACGCAGUCAAGCAAAGGUGGUGGGAACUUUAGCAACUGUUGCAGGUGCCAUGAUCAUGACACUGAUAAAGGGUCCAAUACUCGAUCUUUUUGGAACACACGCCACCAAUACAAACAACGUGCAAAAUGGUGGGAUUAAUCUUGAACAUGCAAUAAAGGGAUCAGUGAUGAUCACAAUUGGCUGCUUUAGUUGCGCUUGUUUCAUGAUUCUCCAAGCUAUUACCAUUGAAGCUUACCCUGCUGAGCUCUCUCUUACAGCAUGGAUAUGCUUAUUGGGAACGGUUGAAGGUGGCAUAGUGGCACUAGUUAUGGAAAGGAAUAACUUUUCAGCCUGGUCUCUGAAAUGGGAUACGAAAUUGCUUGCUGCUGUCUACAGUGGGAUAGUUUGCUCAGGAAUGGCUUAUUACAUCCAAGGAGUGGUGAUGAAAGAUAGAGGUCCGGUCUUUGUGACUACUUUUAACCCUCUAUGCAUGGUCAUUGUGGCUAUCAUGGGCUCCUUCUUUCUGGCAGAACAAAUGUACCUUGGAAGGGCAAUUGGUGCUAUUGUGAUUAUUGUAGGACUGUAUCUGGUGGUGUGGGGUAAAAGCAAAGACUACGAAUCAUCAAGUACAAUUACUGAAGAGAAUAUGUUGUCAGCCAAGCAAACAGUAGAAAAGACCAACAGCAAAGAAGAACAUUUCAGUAACUUAGGCACCAUAGCACGAGAUGAACAAGUAUGAGGAAACAUAACAAAUUCAAUCUAAAUUUCGGCAAUCAGGGAUAUUUCACCAUAAGGCCUAUUUGACAGAAAAGAAGUAUACACGUUCUUAGUUAUUUCAUCCUUCAAAUAUUACGCAGUAGUAGAGGUUUUUAAUAUGUAUCACACUCUGGUAUGUCAAAAGGCAGGUUUUAAUAUAAGGCAAGAAAAUCCCAACAAAA